AUGCAUUCCACCGCAGCAGCACAUACCAGCCCCGUCAAGGACGGCAGGCGGAUUCUCGGCGAGAAGACCGUCAACGCGUGCCUGUCCCCCGCGCGCCAUCGCCACACCUCCCUCUCGCCUGUGAAACGUCCAUUACUGGAGACACCGUCCUCGCCUUCCAAAACACUUCUCCCUUCACCUCUGUUUGCCGGUCAGAAACGCACCAUCGACCAGGUGGACCACAACGAGCACGAGAGCACCACCCGAGAGCGCGCGCCGGUCCAGGCACCACUUACCCCCAGCAACGCGCAAGAUGAGUUGACGACAGAGUCCGCUGCAGCUCCUGCAGUUGCACAGAUCCAACCCGACGCGACAACACAACCAGAGCUUCCAGAUCUAGAAACAACACAACAACAACAACAACAAGUAGAGCCGGACCAACAAGCGCAAACAAUCCCCCAACCCAUAGAAGCCACACAACCCUCCCAACCACAAGAACAAAUAGAACUCACCACGACGCGAGUCGUGCUCGAAGACCCAGCGACGCGCAAACGCUUCAUCCAAGAGAAAGCAACCCUCCUCCGUAGCCGCCUCCAAACCGCCAUGCGGCACGUCCGCGACCCGCAAUUCGACCGCCGACUAUCCGCGCUCGAAGCCCACAGCCGGAAAUGUCCCCGAUUAGCACGGCCGGAGAUCCAAGCCCAGACCCCGGCGCCGAAGGACACACUACGGAUGACAGCAUUCGAGACACCCGCCCCGGCGCCUUUCGUUUCCACGCCACGCAUCCUCCAACCCGCAGCGGAGCUUCACACGUCGCCGGACACCACGCAGAAUAACAACGCGUCGGGCCUCUCGUCCCCGCCGCUCUCAACGGGGAACACCGCCUCCGACGAUCCGAUGAAGACCCCGACGCAGAAGACGUAUCGUCGGGCGGUGGAGGGAGGAGCCGGAGGAGAGGGAGGAGGAGGAGCAUCGCCGAUGCAAUUGAGCAGUCCGCCUGCGACGGUAUCGCGACGGAGGACGGGGCCCGUGCUCGAGGAGUCGGAUCGUGAGGACGACGGGGUGAGUCUCCCGGAAAAGCAGCGACGGCUGUCGCAAAAGGGGGAUGCGGUGGAUGGGCUGUUGAAGUUGAUGGGGACGGCGGAGCAACAGCAGCAGCAGCAGGCUGAUACGGUAUGAUCGCCACGGAUGAGUCUUGUGAUAUGCCCAGUCGCCGAGCAUAUGAAAUAGCAG